AUGGUCUCGAGUCCGACGUAUGCGCGUGCGAAGACGUCGGAAGAAAGUCGCGAUGACCUAGCGCUUGUGCGUCACGGCAGCGGCAAGUUCUCUACGCCUGUGCAGACCGCGCAGCGCAGCUUUACGACCGAGGACCUGCCGUCGGUCAAGUCGUUCGUGUCCAUGUCGGACGCCAUGGCCGAGACGAAGAAACGCUCGGGGUCUGACAUCUUUGAGAGCAGUCGAUUGGCUAUAAUGAAGGGCAUUCAAGGUGUAGGGCUGGACCGUGUCGUGGACAAGAUGCAGAAGGCAUUUACACCCGACGACUCGGAGCGGGUGCUACGUGCCGAGUGGCUCGUGGUUGAGACGGAGGAGCAGCAGCUACAGCAGCUGCAGGAGGUCGUGCACAAGCUUCAGAAGGCCUUCAAGUUCAGUAACCGAUUGCGGACGCUCGUGAAAUUAGCCAACACCACGCUCGUCAAGUGCGACGAGCUCGUGGAUCGCAGUCAAGUGCAUUUAGAGCAGUGCAACCUCAUGUUUGCGCAGUUUGCAAACGAGAUCGCGACGCUGACGGACUAUUUAAGCAAAUUGAGAGAGGCUGUGAUCCCGUCGCUGCAGACAAAGGAUGGAAAUGAGGAGAAGAAACACGCGAGACGAGCUGAGUGGGCGCUUGUCCGCAUGACACAGAGCUCGCAGACGAUGGUGGCUGAGAUGCAGGAGAGUCUAGACGAGCUGGAUGAGCUCACCACGACGUGUACUGAGCUCAUGGUGCAAAGCAUUACGUUGUUGCACAUGAGAGGACGAUCGGCUGACUUCAGUGGCACGGGCGUUGCUGCCGGCGCGGCUAGUGUAGUGGCAGGAGCUGUCGUGAGCGUCGCUGGAGUGGUUGCUGCCCCAGCGACGAGUGGACUGAGUGUCCCUAUAUCUCUUGCCGGCAAGAGUUUGUUCCUAUCAGGAAUUGCGGCAUUGACGCCGUCUAGUAUCAUGCUCAAUCGUCAAAGCCAACAACUCAGUGGACUCUCGUCGCUAGUGGUGAACCUCAAGUCAUGUCUGGAAAUCAUGAAUCUAAAGCGAGAAGAGAUGUCCGUAGCGUUUGCAGCGGUGGAAGGUAUUGACCUCGACAUCAAGCAAGCAAUGGCGUUCUGCCAAGAUGCUGUCGAGCUCGAGAUCUCCAUUUACGAGAGCUCCUGGAUUUUCAUCGAGGACAUUAGCGUAAAACUCCUGACGCUGAGCCAGUCGGUGGAGCUCUUCCAGGCGUCGCCAAGCGUCUGGCAUUUUUGCAAGUCGGAAGAUGCCAUGUACCAGUACCUGCUCGCUGAAGACGAAGAAGACUGA